AUGACCGCUCGCCCUCGCGACUUUGCUGGCUACGGCCCCCAUCCACCCGCCUUUUCGUGGCCCGGCGGGAAAAAGGUGGCCAUCAACUUUGCCAUCAACUACGAGGAGGGCACGGAGCGCAGUCUGCUGCUGAGCGACGCCACGCGGGACUCGCGCACGUGGGUGCGCAGUGUCCUGCCGGACAGCGAGCGCGACCUGAUGCAGGAGGGCGAGUACGAGUACGGCACGCGCGUGGGCGUCUGGCGGCUGCUGCGCAUCUUCGCGCAGCACAACGCGCCGUUCAGUAUUUUUCUGUCGUCCGAGGCGCUGCUGGCGAGCCCGGCGCUGGCGGCGCACCUUCGCGCCGGGCACGCCGACUGCGACGUUGUCUCGCGCGGCACGCGGUCCAUCAGCCGCCUGGGCUUGACGGAGGCCAUGGAGCGCGCCGACCUGCGCGCGUCCGUCGACCAGACGCUGGCGCUGACGGGCCAGCGCAUCACCGAAAACACCCGGCGCGUGAUGACCGAAGAAGGGCUGGCCUACGGCUCGGCCACGACCAACGACGACCGGCCGUACUAUGCCGACGUCGCCGAGCGGCCCAUGCUGGUGCUGCCGUACGCCGUGGACACCAACGACGCGCGCUUCUGGCGCGGGCAGUCGGGCCCCGGCUACACGGGCUCGACGGACUUUUUCGACUAUCUGCGCGACGCGUUCGACGUACUGUACGUCGAGUCCGACGAGAGCGCGACCCUCAUGCUGGUGGGCCUGCAUGCGCGCAUCAUGCGGCCCGGCCGCGUGGCGUCGAUUGUCCGGUUUCUUGCGUAUGUGGGCCAAAAGGAGGGUGUCUGGAUUGCCAAGCACAACGACAUUGCCGCGCACUUUGCGUCGCUGUUUGCGCCGUCCAAUGCGUGGAACCGCGAGGUUCUCCAUUCUGUAUCUGAGUCCGUCUGA